AUGUUUUCAGGCUGGAAGAAAGGAGGCAUUCCUGGUAAGUUUAUUAAGAAUUGUUUACGCCUAAACUGAUUCACAAGUUAAAAAAGGAAUUCCAUAGCAAACAAUUCUUUGUGUAGAAUCGUACAAUUGUGUAUAAGUACUUUUUAUCAUUGAUCAUCAUGUAAAAAAAGUAAGCUUAUAGGCUUACCAGUAUUUUCUGAUGAUAUUCCUAAUUUACAUUAAUUUGGAAGAGUGCUCAAAAAAAUCUCUGUGGGAUUUUGUUAGUUUAUUCGUAUUGGAUUGUCUGACUUUGCCUUUAGAGUAUGUAGAUGAAGAAACCCAGGCUUGAAAUGAAUGCUAAGUGUUGAUCAUCCACUGCGCACUUCUGUAAGGCAGUGAUUGUUAUUUUCAGGCAAAACUGAGAUUCCAACCUACUCUUGGGCGAGGAAAUAGGGAGUCUUUCUGCAGAUUUUCUACAAAACACAGGAAAAAUUUUAAUGUCCUUUAUCCAGGAAGUCAGUGCUUAGGCUGACACCAUUGUAAUCCCAUGGUGCUACCUUUUUCAUCACCCAUUCUUGAAUGUAGUGAAUAUAGUUUAAUAUUGUGAAUGUGAUUAGUGGAGAGUUUGGGUGAGAGAUUUGAAGAUAAUGGCAGCCUUGUUGCCCCAGGGUGGGUACUCCCCUAUAUAAGCUAUAUAGGUAUGUGCCACCCCAUCAGGUAGGAUUUUUGUGCUGUUUUGGUCUGAAAACGGAUAUACACUUUUCUCAUUUUGGUCUGGAAGCAGGUAUGGUUUUCUAGGGAACUACGGAGUGUAUGAAAGUAUUUAUGGUUUCAAUUCCAAAUGAGUAAGAAAGAAGGAGUAGUAUGCGAAUUCAAAAUGGAUUUGAAGAAUUUUUUUUGUUUGCACUCUAAUCUAAGUAAUGAUAACAUAGUUUCUGCCUAAAGACCAGGUCUGAAAAUGGGUAUGGAUUUUAUAGUUCUAGUCUGAAAAUGGGUGUGGAAAAUUACAUUUUUUGGUCUGAAAUCAGGUCAGGAUUUGAAGAACAAGGUGGCACACCCCACCAAGAAUUCCCAGGAGUAUCCCCCAACCCCCGGGCUUGUAGCCAUGAGCAGAAACCUCAAAAAAAGGUGACCUUGCUACUCUUGGAAGACCUUGUGGGAUUGGUUGGGAAAACAAUGAACAAACAAAGUUAACAAUGGAACCAAGCCAAAAACCUAAAGAGCUACGGCCCAUGGGGGACCCCUGGGGGACCAUUUAAAUUAGAGGUUCUGAAGAGUUGCAGGGUUACUGAUUGAAGAAAAAAAGGACUUUCAUAAAUUUUGUCAUUACUCCUAAAAUUACCUUAUUGUCUAAUAGUAUUUUCUUGCAUUAAUAAUUUCUUUUAGAAACUGAAGAAGACUUGAUAAGAAACACAGAGAUAAAAAGAAGGCUCAUCAGUGAGUUGUCUCUUGCAGUGAAGGAGGUUUGGAAAUUUAUUUUAAGAAGAGAUUUGAACAUUAUUAAUGUUAAAAUGAAAAAUGUAAAUGUAGUUAUGGAGGAUGCCUUCAUAGCGCAAAGAAAGUAG